AACUUUGUGCUUGUUCGAACAAUAUUUUCCUCCAUCUUUCUUUGAUAUAAUGGUUCAUUUGGCAGUUCAUCUAGUUAGAGAAGUCACCUUGUGUGGGCCGGUUUGUUUUCGAUGGAUGUACCCUUUCGAGAGGUUGAUGAAAGUUUACAAGGGUUAUGUGCGAAAUCGAAGUUGUCUAGAGGGUUGUAUAGUUGAAUCUAAUAUAGCGGAAGAAGCAGUUGAAUUCUGUUAUGAGUAUAUGGUCAAUGUUGACUCAAUUGGAAUUCCAAUAAGGGAAAGAGAGGGAGUUGUAGAAAAUAAGGGUAUCAACAAUGGGAAACCUACUUUAAUGGAAAAAGAAGAUUGGGAGGUUGCUCAUCAAAAUGUCUUGGAGAAUACAGUUGAGGUUCAACCUUAUAUAGAAGAACAUUUGCAAUAUCUAAAUAAGGAAAAUCGAACAAAAUCUAGAAAGCAGAUUCAAGAUGAGCAUCAUCGUACCUUUCGACAUUGGUUUCUUGAUAAGGUGAUGUUUUACUUUAAAAUGAAAACUCCAAUAUAAACCAUUUUUAACGAUUGUUUGCAAAAUGUAAUUAAGGUAUUAUUCAAUAAUGUAGAUUUAGAAAGAGUUGACCGAUGAGUUGCAUGAAGUUACCGAAACUUUGAGAUGGCUUUCAUUAGGUCCGACUCGAUUGGCAAUUAAGCACGAUGCGUUUAUAAUUAAUGGUUGUAGGUUCAACACUAAAGCUCGUGAUGAUGUUAGGGUCACC